AUGCCCCCCUAUGUACCCCGCAAGCGAGUCCGCGAUGAAUCUCCCCCUCCAGCCAACGACCUGAAGAACGAUGCAAAGCGACGAAAAGGAAAAGAGAACCUCAACGCCGCCAAAUUGACUGCUCCACCUCGGAAGCCGACCCUCUUCGACGCCCUCGACGCAACCGCCAGUCCCGCUUCGUCUUCCAAGACCAGUCUCGCAGCAUUGGCGCUUGACGAGAGCUCCGAUGACGACUCCAGUUCUCUCUCAUCCUUGUCCGAUGGCGACUUUGAAGACGUUUCGGUCCUCAAGAAACAAAAACACAAUGUUCAAGUAGGCGAGGACGAAGACGAGGAUGACGACGAAGAUCUUGAAUUCGAAGAUGUCGAACCCUACCAGCCCCAAUCAGCCACAGCAAACGUUCCCGAAGUACCCGCUGGCGACCUCGAACUGACUUUGAUCCGCGACACGCGCAUAUCCCUUGCCAACGCACUAGGGAAGAAAGGACCGUCCAAGCUAGAGCGGAGGAUACGAGUCUCGACUCAUUGUGUGCACGUGCAGUUGCUUCUCUGGCACAACGCUGUUCGUAAUACUUGGCUGUGCGACCCAGAGGUGCAAGGAAUUCUUUUGUCGCAUCUUCCCCCGAAACUUUGGGAUGAGGUGGAUAGAUGGAGGCGGAGUAGUGGGUUGGAGGUGGUGGUACCUGAUGGAGGUGGUACUGAGGCUUCGACUAAAAAGAAGUCACCCGCCCAGAAGAAGACGAGGGCGCAAGUGAAAGGAAAGGCGCAGGCGAAAGGGAAAGAUGCUGCCAAAGCGGACAGGUCGCGCGACUGGGGUCAAGCAGCGAAACAUCUUGAAAAGGGCGCGGUGGAUAUGAGCCAUGGCGAUCCCCUGUUUCGGUUGAUGAAAGUCCUCAGCGCGUGGUGGAAGCAGCGGUUUCGGACCACGGCACCGGGGCUACGGAAAUGGGGGUACAUGACGUUGGAGAGGUUGGAUCGCCUGACGAAAGCCUUCAGCCAGGAGGAGCAUCAACCGGAACGAUUUGGAGAGCGAAUUGCCUGUUUGGAAGACUUUCGCGAGUGUGCUUCGGAAUGCGCUGGGAGUCGUGAUGUUGGCGCUCAACUUUUUACAGCAUUGUUGAGGGGACUGGGGUUGGAGGCUAGGUUGGUAGCUAGUCUACAGCCCUUGGGGUUCGGCUGGACUAAAGUAGAAGAGGCAGAUCCGGAGAAGGAAGAAGAUCACAAAUCGACCCCAAAAAAGAAGAUGGGAGCCACGAGUAUGGCCAAAGAGACCGUUACAACUCAGGCAUCGGGGAGAUCUACAAGACGAGGUGCAAGCCGUAAGACAACGAAGAUCCAAAGGUCUAACUCAGAGCUCAUAGCAGCAGACAGUGAUGACGAUCUAGUCAUUAGUGAUCACGAGCCCGAACCAACACCGCGAAUGAAGAAUAAAGUCUACGACAAGGACCUGGAGUUCCCCCAUUACUGGACUGAGGUUCUCUCCCCAGUCACCAAGAAGUACCGACCAGUUGACCCCAUCGUGAAAUCCAUCAUUGGCACGAAUAGGGAGUUGAUCGAGUCUCUGGAGCCACGUGGUAGCAAAGCGGACAAGGCCAAGCAGGUCAUGGCCUACGUCGUGGGUUACUCGCCAGACGGCACAGCAAAGGAUGUCACAGUGCGCUACCUCAAGCGACAAACCUUGCCUGGGCGCACAAAAGGCAUGAGGAUUCCCAUGGAGAAAGUUCCCGUUUACAACAAGCAUGGCAAGGUAGCGAGGUACGAAAUGCACGACUGGUUCCAGACCGUGAUGAAAGGCUACGCUCGAGGCGGCAGGAGCAAGCCCGCCAUGACCGACGUCGAUCUAGAAGAAAACGCGACGGACCUGAAGCCAGCCAAGCCCGAGAAGAAGGAAGUUAAAGAGGGCCAAGAGACUCUACAGUACUACAAGCAAUCCAAAGAGUUCGUCCUCGAGCGACACCUCAAGCGCGAGGAAGCACUCCUGCCCAACGCGCGACCAGUCAAGAUGUUCAGGAACAAAGGCAGCAGCAGCGGCAGCAGCAAAAAAGCGGCGACCACCACGGCCGCCACCCAAGACGAGCCCGUCUACUCCCGCAAGGACGUAGUCCACGUCAAGAGCGCCGAAACCUGGCACAAGCAAGGGCGAGCUCCCCUUCCCGGCGAGCAACCGCUCAAGCGCGUCCCUUAUCGAGCAGCAACGAACAACCGGCGACGAGAGAUUGCGGAAGCCGAGCGGCUUACAGGCCAGAAAGUGCUGCAGGGAUUAUACAGCUUCGACCAGACGGAUUGGAUCAUCCCGCCGCCCAUCGAAAACGGCGUCAUACCCAAGAACGAGUACGGCAACAUUGAUUUAUUUGCCGAGCACAUGUGCCCUCAGGGAGCGGUGCACGUGCCAUACCGCGGCGCGAUGCGGGUGUGCAAGCGGUUGGGCAUCGACUACGCGGAGGCGGUGGUGGACUUUGAGUUUGGAAACAGGAUGGCGGUGCCGGUGAUUCAGGGGGUUGUUAUUGCCGAGGAGCAUCAUGAUCAGGUGAUGGAGGAGGUGGCCAAGGAUGAGGCCGAGAAGAAGAGGAAGGAGGAUGAGAAGCGACGGAAGGCGGCGUUGGGAAUGUGGAGGAAGCUUUUGAUGGGGAUGCGGAUUGUUGAGAGAAUUAAGCAGGAUUAUGGGCAUGUGGGUGAUGAGGUGGAGGUCUUUGGAAGGCAUGGAAGCGGAGGGGCGGAGAUUCGGGAGUUAUCUGAAGCCGAAGCGGAAAUAGGUGAAGAUGAGGAAAUGGGCGGCGGUGGGUUUUUGCCCGAAGGCUUUGAGGUGGAGGAUGAAGAAAGGGAUAGCCAUCUGAGGUCCUCUUUCUUCCCGGUGGUAGAUGAGGAUGAUGAGGAUGGGGAGGAUACACUUGAGGUGGAUCACGGCGAGGAAGAGGGUAACGGGGAUCAACCGGCAAAGAAGAAAGACUCCGUGGUGAUGAGCACGAAACCCAAGCGCAAGGCGGCUGCUGCCAAGGCGAAGGCGAGUAUUUCAGGUUCGCGAAGGAGAACGAGGCGCAAUGUCCCUUCAAGUGAGGAUGAGGACGAGGACGAAGAUGAAGAUUCGGAAUUGUCAGAUUUGGAGGAUGAUGAAGAGGAUUUCUGAGCGGGAAGGUCAUAUCGUGCUACCUAGGUAGGUACCGAUAUGGCAGCGUUCAGAGGUAGUAGCUGAGCUGCCCUUUGCGUAGAUACCCACUUGCUUCUAUCACUUAACCACCGAAUAUUAUGACGGAGCUUUUGUAAUAUUGUCACAUACAUCAUAGUUGGGCAGUGUGAGAGUUCGGCCAUAGUUGAUAUGGUACUGGUUUGCAAU